GGACUUUUUCAUUUAUUACAUAUUGCAUCAGACCGCACAUAUUUUUUACCAGUCAAAUCCCAAAGGCAAAAUCCUUCACUCCAUUUUGCCGACCAAAAAACAUAUCCAUACACAACCGAAAAACUCAGCUAGAACUCGAGUUUGCUCUGGGCGAAAUACGUACAUAUAUAUCUAUAUUGCGAAAUACUUAUAUAUAUCUAUAUAGAUAGAUAGAUAGAUAGUUACAUCUCUCAUAUACAUAAAUUUACAUCCAUCCAUGGAGAGCGUGAAUUUGAUUUCCUUGAGUGCAACGUCGCCUGCUACAAGAGCAACGGCGGGGUUCUCUUUUCAGCAAUCACUCAAUCCCAUUCCCAAAAAUUCUGAAUUUUUUAGGCUUAUGCCGCAGGCCCACAUGAAGAAUCAGCCAUUGUUGGGGCAAAUUUCCUUUCCCGCCAUUAAGUCUCAACAGUUCGAAGUGAAAGAUGGCUCGGCAUCUGCAUCCGAAACUGAGGCUCCUGAAGUAGAUGCUCUCAAAGCAAAAGAGUGGGAAGUUAUGAUGUACCAAGAUGAAGUUGCUGCAAGUCAAGGUAUUAAAAUUAGGAGGCGGCCAACAACUGGACCGCCACAACAUUAUGUUGGUCCUUUUGAGUUUCGCUUGCAGAAUGAAGGCAAUACUCCCCGUAAUAUUCUUGAAGAGAUCGUUUGGAAUAAGGACGUUGAAGUCGCUCAGAUGAAAGAGAAGAAGCCAUACUCGGUGCUCAAGAAACUGCUGGAUAAAGCGCCACCAGCUAGAGAUUUUAUUGGAGCUCUGAAAGAGGCGAACUCACGGACUGGGUUUCCCGGCUUAAUUGCUGAAGUGAAGAAGGCGUCUCCGAGCAGAGGAGUUCUGAGAGAGAAUUUUGAUCCUGUUGAGAUCGCUAAAGCUUAUGAAAAAGGUGGAGCUGCUUGCCUUAGUGUUUUGACCGACGAGAAGUAUUUCCAAGGAAGCUUUGAGAAUUUAGAGCUCAUUAGGAAUUCUGGAGUACAGUGCCCUCUCUUGUGUAAAGAAUUUGUGAUAGAUGCAUGGCAAAUCUACUAUGCUCGGGUAAAAGGUGCAGAUGCAAUUCUUCUGAUUGCUGCGAUCUUGCCUGAUCUCGAUAUCAAGUACAUGACCAAGAUUUGCAAAUUGUUUGGGUUGACAGCAUUGGUUGAGGUACAUGAUGAGAGAGAGCUGGAUCGUGUCAUAGAGAUUGAGGGGAUCGAACUUAUUGGCAUUAAUAAUCGUGACCUAGAAACAUUUGAGCUCGACAUAGCCAAUACGAAAAAGCUUCUUGAAGGUGAGCGUGGACAUAAGAUACGUGAGAAAGGAAUUAUGGUUGUUGGAGAGUCUGGACUUUUCACACCUGCAGAUAUUGCUUAUGUCCAAGAAGCUGGUGUUAGGGCAGUGCUGGUGGGCGAGUCACUUGUUAAGCAGGAAGAUCCUGGUGCUGGAAUAGCUCAACUCUUCGGUAAAGAUAUUUCUUUAUGAUGUUCAUCGACAUCCAUAGUUUUCUGCAGCUCAUUUAGCAUGGCAACGACUCUUUAGCGGCGUUGUCUGAUAACUUAGCUCGAAACUGUAGUAAAGAUGCGACAUAUAGUGGCGAGUUUGAUGCACAACAAUUCUGUAGUUGCAUGGAACAAAUUUUGUUUAUUAUUCAAUAAGAGGUUGCCUUUUCUUGUUGGAAAA